AUGAAAUUUGCAGAUCAACUAUCAGAAUCUGUGAUCCCUGAAUGGAAGGAUAAAUAUAUUGAUUAUAAAAUUGGUAAAAAAAGAUUAAAAUAUCAUUAUGGAAAAUUACCAAAGGAUCCAUUCUUAGCAAGGUUAAAUGAAGAGCAACAUAUUGUUGAUAAUAAUAAUAAUUUAUCAACAAUAUCAAGAGAAAAUAGUGGAUUAGAACUAAAUACAAGAAAUGAUAUAGAAAAUGAAAGUCAUGAUGAAAAUGAUUUAGAUGCAAUGUCUAUUGAAUCAACAAGAUCUAUUUCAGCUGCAUCACAUUUAGCUAAAUUGAGAAAAAAUAAUUAUAAUAGCCGUUCAAAUGAUUCAUUUAAUAGUUUAAUGAGAUCAUCUUCUACCCCUAUGAUUCCAAAUUUAGUUACUGGUAAUCCUCGUGAUGGUGGUAAUAAUAGUCGUAGUGGAAGUAGUGGUGGUGGCAGUGGUGGUAGUAGAAAGGGUAAUAAACGUAGAAAUAGAAAUAAUAGAAAUAAAAAUGGUAAUAAAAAUACUUCAUUUAAGAAAGAGAAAAUUAUUUAUUCAAGAUUACAAAAGACAGCUGUUAAAGAUUUUAUUGAAGAUUGGUUAAUAGCUAUUGAAUUAACAAAAUGUAACGAUUUUUAUAUUUGGUUAUUGGAUGAAUGUGGAACUAAAUUCGGUGUAUUAAAGACACAAAUGCAUAUGUAUAAACUUCAAAAGGAAAAAAUUAUCGAUCCCACAAGUGAUGAAACUCAAUCUUUGAAAUUAAGUUCAAUAGAUAAUGUAAGUACAUAUGGUUCUACUUCACCUCAAUUUCAAGAAGGUGAUAAUCAAUCAGAAACUGAUAUUGAUGCUACUGUCGUUGCAGCAGGUAUGACAGCUAAUGAUUCAUUAAUGGGGAAAUCAAAGAAGCAAUCACCGGGACUAAGAUCAAAUAUAAAGUAUUUCCUAAAACAAAAGAAUUUACUACCAUCGUGGCCUAAGAAUGCAUUCAAACAUAAAAUCUUAGAAGAAAAAGAACUUUCAAGAUCAGCUUCAGGGAUGUCUUUAGCCUCUUUGAAUAAUGGCAGUGAUGAUGAUCGUAACUCCAACAUUAGAUAUGGCUCUCCAACUUUAAGCGCCAUCUUAAAUCCUGCAAAGGAAACAUUUGCAUACGACUUGUCAUUAGUUUCUGAUGAAAUGACUUUACCUCGUGCUCAAAGAUUAUUGAAUGAAGCAAUAUUGGAAUUUUACCUGUUCCUUCAACUUGUUAAAGCCUACAGAGAUUUAAAUGUUACUGGAUUCCGUAAGAUUGUCAAGAAAUUUGAUAAAACUUUGGGUACUAAUGAAUUACCAAGAUUUAUGAAGUAUGCAAGAGAUAAUUAUUCUCUUUUCAAACAUGUUAAUAACAAUGUUAAAUUAAUGGCUCAACAUAUGAAACGUACAAGUUCAUAUCAUAUUCUUACUGAUUUGGUCCCAAAUAGUCCUAAGGAUGACCCAUUGUUAUGGUGGGAAACAAGAGCCAGAACUUGGUAUUGUACUGAUUUAACUAAUUCUCCUCAUGAUAUGAAGAAAAAAAGAGAUAAAUUAAAAAAAUUGAAUAUUGAAUAUACUUUGAAUGAAAGUAUGAUACAUCGUAAUAACAGAUCCACUUUGCAAAUGACCACAGCUGGUUUGUUUUUGGGUUUUUCCUUUUCUAUCUUCUUAUAUACAUUGUAUCUUUCAUUCUCUUCCCCUGCGGUAUCUUACACACGUAAAAUUUUGUUUCCAUUAUGGGGUGGUUGGUAUAUGACACUUUUGAUGCUAAUUCUUUUCCAAGUUAACUGUUUCAUAUGGCAUAGAGCAGGUAUUAAUUAUAAAUUUAUUAUGUUUGGAGAAGUUAAAACUAGAAGCGGGACACAAAUGUAUAAUAAUGAUUUUGCUACUACAGGUAUCUCACUUAAAUUGUAUUAUGUUUCAUUUUAUGUUUUGUUAACUUGUAUUUGUGCCGGAUUAAGUUUUAAAUUACAAGAACUAUCCCCUUGGAGUUUUGUCGCAAUGGCUUCUGUAUUUAUAUUAUUUUUCAUGCCAUCUAACUUUGUACCAUAUUGGGACAAGGUUGUCCACACUAGAAAUUGGCUUAUUAUUACUUCUAUUAGGUUAGCUUGUUCGGGUAUUUUCCCAGUUGAGUUUGGUGAUUUCUUCUUAGGUGAUAUUGUUUGUUCCCUUACUUAUUCUAUUGCAGAUAUUGCCAUGUUUGCUUGUAUUUAUUCUACAAACGAGCAAGGUUUGUGUGGGUCUUCACACUCUAAAUCUAUGGGUGUCCUUUCCUCGAUUCCAAGUUAUUGGAGAUUGCUUCAAUGUAUUAGAAGAUUUCUGGACUCUGGGGAUUGGUUUCCACAUCUUAUUAACGCCAUCAAGUAUAGUUUCGGUGUUGGAUAUCAAGCAACCUUAUGUGCUUAUAGAUUAGAUCCAUUUAAUGAGCAACGUAGAACCUACUUUAUCAUUGUUUCUACUAUGAACUCUGUCUUAACUUCUAUUUGGGAUUUGAUUAUUGAUUGGUCCCUUUUCCAACCUUCUUAUAGGAAUCUGUUUUUAAGAGAUGAUCUUUAUUUGGCAGGCAAAAGAAAUUGGGAAGAUGGUUCUUAUAGUCCAAAAAGAAAAGCAUUAUAUUACUCAGCAAUGGUUUGGGAUGUGGUUAUCAGAUUCCAGUGGGUUGUAUACGCUGUUGCACCUCAAUCUAUCCAACAAAGUGCGAAAACUUCAUUUGUGUUAGCAUUAACAGAAUUAUUGAGAAGAUUCGUUUGGGUAAUUUUCCGUAUUGAAAAUGAACAUGUUGCCAAUGUACACCUAUUUAGAGUCACGGGGGAUUCUCCACUUCCUUAUCCUGUUUUACCAAGUAGUGAUACCAAUAACAUCGUUCAACAAGCUAGAAAGACUAGAUAUUUACUACAUAGACAAUCUAGUGAAGAUUCUGAACCAGUCAUUCAAAGUUCUUCUACAGCUCACCCCUUAUCUAAUGUUAAUCAAAACAUUAGACGUCCAUCGACAGCCUAUCAUACGCUAACAAGAAGAAAUACUACAAUGUUCGGGAAAAUUUCAGAUUCUAUUCCUUGGGUUCACGCAACGGAUUUCCAAAGACCUGUUGCUACGCCAUUAAAUGAUCCUUCAGAUUUGCAAUUAGAAAAUGACGAACAUUCACCUUUUGACAGUGAUACUGAAUCUGAAUCAGGGAUUUAA